AUGCUCAACAAUUUCUGGCCUUCGGCCACCCGAGUUGCUCUCGGCCUCGUAACAGCGGCCGAUGCGGACACCAGCGCUACCUGGGCCGACGCGCCGCCUCCGCUGCCACCAACGCCGCCACCCCCGCCCACGACGAAGAGGGGGGGCCCUCCUGCGGGCGGUGGUGUCGGCGGAGGCGGCGCUGGCGCUGGCGACGCUGCUGCUGCCGCCGUCGCAGCCCCGGCUGCUGCCGCAGAUGCAGCCCCGGCUGCCGGCCGCCCGGCCGUCCCCGACGCCGUCGGCGCCGCUUUGGUCCUGGGGGGGAACGCCCGCACCCCUUCCCCGGGCCCACAGGCGCUCGGUACCCGCGACAGCCGCAUCCGCGAGGACUUCGAGUUAGUUGGCCAGCCCGCGCCGGCGCACGUGCGCCGCCCACACGAUGACGACAGCUCGCAGUGA